AUGUCAGCCAUUUUGACAAACUCCUUAGCCUCUGAACCUGGCAACCAGACGCAAGAUCGACCAGAAAGGUUAUAUUUUGGAAACGAAAAUUUCGCGACCUAUCGAUGGUAUUACGAAUCGCACGGGCAAAGCUACACGGGUCAAAUCUUGAAGAACAAUUUACACGGGAAAGGGUUUUACAAGUUCGAGAAGAACGGCGAAAAUUUUUUCUACGAUGGUCCAUUCUACGCGAACAAGUUUGAAGGGUACGGUCAGAUUUACUAUGAGAACGGAGGAAAGUUUGAAGGACUUUUCAAGGAUAACAAUCGGUUUGGUCCUGGGGUUUUUUAUUACAAAAACGGGGAAAGGGAUGUGGGUAUGUGGAAGGACGAUUAUUUGAUGCGUUUGUGCACAACUGUGUUACCAGAAUGCGUGCCGAAGCUAGCAACAAGUGAAAAUGGAAAAUUAAGAUUGCUCAAAUACAAAUACAUGAUACCGGUAUGCCCGCAAUACGAAGACACAGCCACAAAAAUGUUGUACGACAUAAAUAUAGACAAAAAUAUAUUCGACACAACCCAACACUUCUACAACAACGAAGUACGCCACACAAACUGUCUAUUCUUCAACAAAACCAUCUUCAACGAUACCUUCUAUACUGAAAACGAUUGCACCAUAGACGUUAUAGUUCCUGAAGAAGAAAACAUAGACGAAGAAACACUACAAAUUGAUGCAGCGAGUCAAUACAGAUUCACGAAAAUUUGCGAUGAGUUAAAUCUGAUAAGAGAGAAGCUAGAAGUGUUAAAUAAACGUAAAAUGGCAUUAAUUAAACAAAUGGAAAUUUGCAGGUUGUGUUGCUAUCCCCCGGAGCCCGAAUACGAAAAUUUCGAAAGUAAUUUUACCUAUAAAAGAAACAUUAACACUGAUAAAAGUUACAUUAACACCAAUACCGACUUGGACGAUUUAAUAAGUCACGCGAAUAUUUCUUUUUCAAGUUUUGGAACCACGCAUUACUCAAAUAGCAUGCUAAAUAAAUACGAUGAAAACCUUUACGAGGAGGAAGACAAUAUACAUGAUGAUGUGCUAAAACUUUUUGAAGACCCGUGCCAAUGCUUUGAGAAAUACAUUGAUAUUGAUUACAUUGAAUUGGAACUGGAGAAACUGGAAAUAGCCAGAAAUUACUUGAGCAACAUACAAGCACAUCUCAAAGCCCGAAUUUUCAUCGAGUUCAACUUGAAAGAAUAUAAGCCAGUGAUAAAAAAAGUCUCCAUAAAAGAACUGUUAUCAAUAAGCAAUGAACCGAUAUACAUGGCGAUGUUAUGCCAUUCUUUUCUCAACAGAAAAUUUGAAAAUAACAUCAACUUCAACAUCUGCAACGUCCUAACGGGCGCUCUAAACGAUCACAUACCGGGUGCGUACGAAAGAAGUUGCGUGGAUUUUUUGGAGAAAAGCUGUCGACAAGAUGAUUUAGCCAUCCUUACUCUGUAUACCACCACAACAAAUAUAAACCCUGAUGUUUGUGAUAAUAAGGGCAAUUCCGGUGUUAUUUUGGCAGCUUCGAAAGAUAAUCUAAGUACGAUUGAUAUGUUAUGUAAACUGGGAGCGAAGUUAGACUAUAUAAAUGAUGAAGGGUUGAAUGCUUUAAACAUAUCUUUAUUGAGGUAUCUAGCUAUACUGUAUGAUGUUACCUCAUGGGAAGAUGCGUUUUUAACCCCAAUAGAAGUGGAUGACUUCAAAAAGACGACAAAAUGGUGCCCAAAACAUUCAAAAGAUUCCAUUAAAAUUAAAUACAGGGAAAGUUUUGAAAAUAUUAUCGAAGAAGAUGCAAUCAAAGAACAAGAAUAUUUGUUUAAAAUAGAGUUAAAACCACGUUUUAAAUCAAAAGUAAAGAAAAAAUCAAAGAAACAAAAAAAAAGCAAAACCAGAGAACCUAAAGUAAUACCACCAAGGGAAAUACUGCAAAAACUCCCAAGUGUGGAAAAGACAAUACUUAAAUUAUUGGAGCAUAAAGCCGACAGUGAUAUUUGUGACGUCCCAAUACCAACCAUAUUUCUAGGGUUGUUUUCCAAAAAACCCCAGAUUGUUUUUGAGAUGUUAAAUAGAGGAGCGUUCCCUGAUAUUAUUUUGGAAGAUGGUUUGACACCAUUACACGUUAUAACAAGUUCAGAGCCUUGCCUGGAAAAUGUGGAAAUAUGUAAAACAUUGUUGAAAUUCUGCAAUCCUGAUUUAAGAGUUGAAAGUCAUUGGAAUCAUAUUAAAACUAAACUAUUAGGAAAAAAUAGUAAUAUCAAGUUUGAUGAUGAUCUAGGGAAGACACCUUUACAUAUUUUGUGUCUACGGCAGGAUCAUCACUUGGACAAUUGCGAUUUUUUUAAGAAAAUGUUUUUAGCUUUAUAUAAACACUCCAAUAAAGUAAAGUAUUUGGGACACAACUAUUUUUCACUGGCUGCGAUAUCAGGAAACCUAAAGUUGAUUCAAGCUAUUUUUGAAAGUGGGAAAAUGAAUCCAUACGCCCUUCUGGAUUAUAAUAUGGGUAAUAUUUUGACUUUAUUCAUACUGAAAAGGUAUAAGGGUAUAUACAGUUUAGAUGUUUGUAAAGAAAUUAUGGAUUGUAUAGUCGAUUCCGGUGGUAACCCACUACACAGAGUGGGAGAUUUUGAAAAUGCUGUUGCUUUUAUGGACAAAGAAUAUGAAGUUUUCAAAACCAACAAAAAAGGUAAGAAGGGGAAAAAGGGUAAAAAGGGUAAAAAAGGCAAAUCCAAAAGUAAAAGCAGUAAGAAAACAAAAUCAAAAUCCAAAAAAAGUAAAUCGUCGAAAAAAAGCAAGAAAAAGAAAAAAAUUGACACCACCGACUAUUUGAAGGCACUAUGCAGAGUUAACAUACAUAGGUGUAUACAGAAGAGGUUAACAAAGGCUUUUUACGAUUUUUCCGAAGAAAAUACUUUGUUAGAUAUUCCUACCCUUAAGUAUUUAGCACAAUUUUUAAACCCAGAUCAAGUGGUAAAAGACCUUCAAAUAUUCUUCAACAGAAAAAAUAUACCACUCGAGAGGUUUGAUAAGGAUGUUUGUGUGAGAAUUUUGGAGUUUGUGAAGAAAAAUCAGAAGAAAGUUAAGAAGAAACGUAAAAAGGGGAAGAAGGGAAAAAAAGGAAAAAGUAAAUCUUCUAAAUCAAAAAAAUCGAAAUCCUCGAAAAAGUCAAAAAAGUCGUCCAAAAAGUCGUCAAAAGGUAAAAGCAGUAAAAAGUCGAAGAAAAAGGGAAAAUCCAAGGCUAAUUUGGAGCCAUUACCCCCCACAUUUGAAGAAAUCAUAGAUGGUCUAGACUUCAACCCAAUCAAACAAAAAAAGAAAAAAUAUCCAGUCAAAAUUCCAGGUUUGGACAAUUUAAAACAAUAUAGGGUAUGUUUUAAUUGUCUUAAAAGCGAGGGUAAAGACUUGUUUUUAUGUCCAAAAUGCGAGUUAGUCUAUUAUUGCUCCGAAGAUUGCAACAAAAAAGGAAAAAAGCUGGACAGUUUUCACAAAUGCAAAAAUGUUUACUACAAAAAGGCGAAAAAAUUACAGGAUGAAAAAGAAAAAAGGGGCGAUUUUAGUUUGGAGGAAAGCAACCUCAGCAAAAUUAUGCAAGAAGCUGAAAAUAACUGCAUGAACCACCACUGGCAGAAAAUGCGACUCCAAGAACUACAAGCCGAAGAAUCGGAACUCAAAAAACUUCAAAACGACCCUUACGGCCUAUACGCCCUUAAAAAAUCGAAAAAACAAAAAAAAAUACGCAGAAAAUCAUUUAAAUUCACCGAACACGAACAUAAAACUAUUCUUAAACGCGUUAAAUCACUCAAAAAAGUACGAACGCAAACAGAAGUAAGUACGGCAACGUCUACGACGACGUUGUCAAGUUUCGAGCGCAGCGAUAGCGAUUUCACCUGCGAAUCGAGCCGCCUGUCAAACGAAGGUUCCGCAAAAACCAAACUGACGAGAAUUAAGAAAAAAUCGUUAGUGUCAUCGAUUAGUUCUGAUGACAGCUCCACAAAUACCGAUUUUCACAAAAAUCAUAAGAAAAAACAUUCGUUACCGCAAUGUAAACCAAAAGCAUGCCCGAAUACACCCUGCGUAGCCACAGUACUCAAAAGAAAACCCCUGAAAGCUCUGAAAGCGUAUUUCAAUAAAAUCUCGCACGACGAUGCGAAGGUAUGCAACCCAGUUAACGUAACGAGAAUGCACAACUUUAUGCGGCGUUUGAAGAGGCUGCCGGAUAAAUAUCAGCGUUUUAUGGAAUUGUUGGGGAAGUUUUUUCCCGAUUUGGAUGUUUCGUUGUUGUUCGUGCCCUAUGCCUGCUACAGCGGCGGGCAGUUUUACUACAGGUUUUUGAAUGGCGAGUUUUUUACACAGACGUACAGUGCCAUGUAA